AGGUUGUCGGCGAGACCCGCGCGGUGGCCAGGUUAGUUUAGGCACACACCCAAUCCCUCUCCCGCCUCCCGCCCGUCACGACCUUAAACUUGUGUAUCUCGUAGCUCCUUCCCAGCAAGUUCCUGCCUCGGCGAAGGGUUUUGAACGUUGACCCCUUCACCGGGUGGUACACCCCGCAGCCCAAACCUUACUUACUCACUAACGCUAUCAUUCGUGUUCUCUACGCGUUGGUUCCCUUUUCGGGUCCUGAUGGAGGGAGUGCCCGGGGAUUUGAAAUGGCGGUAAAAUUAUGUCUGUAGAACGCAGGCUGCGUCGAACUGACUUGACUGCCAGCUGCCAGUUGUGGCGUCUGUCUCCCAGGCUCGAUGGCUCGCCCCGCUGACGGGGUGUUCUUGAGUCGAAAAGUCCAGCAAACCUCAACGAAAAAAAAAAAAAAGUCUGAGUACACAAUAGUCUUACUCGGACACUGGUGCCUUCCCCCCCUCCGGGGUGACGUGUGUUUCCCUGGUGCGUACAGGGUGACCAAAGGGCUUCCUUCUGCUCCGAGCAUAAGCUCCCGAAGAUGAUCAACGUCUCCAGCCGUCGUUGCCAAGCCACCGGCUGCCUUCGCCACCCGAACUUCGGCUUCCAGGGCGACCGCAGGGCGACCUUCUGCUGCCGGCACAAGGCGACGGGCAUGAUCGACGUCGUGAGCAGGCGCUGCCAACACCCGGGGUGCGUGCGGCGGCCUCUGUACGCCAUGGCCGGCCAGCGCGCCAUGUUCUGCAGGACUCACAAGGACCCCGGCCACACCGACGUUGUCAGCAGGCGCUGCAACUUCGAGGGCGGCUGCGACCGCCACCCGAGCUUCGGCUGGAAGCAGGGCGACGGCAAGGCCAGGCGCUGCGCCCACCACCGCCUGGAGGGAAUGGAGAGCGUCAAGGUCAACAACCGUCGUGGCAGUGCUGCCGCCGCAGCCGCUGCCGCCGCCGCCGCCGCCGCAACCGCCUCGACACCAGCGCAAGCUUGGUAG